CAACGUGGAGAAAGAGGAAGUCGGGCCGUGGACGCGGGACGAGGAGAGCGAGCGAGGAGAGAAAAAGAGAGAUAGGGCGACGAUAGAGAGAGAGAGAGAGAGAGUGAGAGAGAGAAAGAGAGUUGGACACGGCGGGGAGAGGGAAAACCACGGGGGCUUUUGAAAAAGUUUUAUCUUGUCGGCGCGCUUCGGCCUCUCAGACGCUACCGAACGCCGGUACGGUGUUGUUGGCCACGGUGUGCCGCGCGGGCCUCCUCGCCGACGAGUUUCGAGUAAAGAGAGAGAAAGAGAGAGAGAGAGAGAGAGAGAGAAAGAGCGGAAAGAGAUUGGAAGAAAGAGAGAGUUCCGGUCGUGUGCCGCGGUUUCCGGCCCCGGUCGGUCCUCCCGUCGCCAGCUUCCGUCCGCCCGCGCGCGCUCGAACGUCCGUGCGAGAGAGGAGCCGUCGAGGAGGAGACGCUCCUGACGACGAGCGUUAUCCGCAGGAGAGGGCAGCCGCACGUCCUUGGAGGGAACCGUUCUUCCUUCGCCCGUCUCGCCAUGCGCCGUCGCUGAGGUGGUGUCCCGUGGUGCCGGUCGAGAGAAAGAGCGAGCGAGCGAGAGCGAGAACGAGGAGGGCUACAUAAAUAGAAAGAAGGAACCGAGAAAAAAAGAGGAUCGGGCAGGAAGAGGGCGAGAAGAGGUCGACAAGUAACUUCUUGCCGGGGGACCAACGGCAAGAUGAAGAAUCGUGUGUUGCUAAAGAGUGCGUUGCUCCUGCUGAUCGCGGCGAACAGCCUGGUGACUGCGUCCGAGGACGAUGACUUGAUUUUCGAUCCAGAUGGUAAACAGCCCGCAGUCCAGACGCCGUUGAUCGAAACGCAGCACGACCAGUCCUUUUUCCACAGGCUAAAGAGAGGACUUUGGAAUAACUUCUUUGGGUUUACGACUACCACGACCACAACCACGACUCAAGCGCCGCCAGAUCCGGAAGAGACGAUAGAUCAAGAUCAAGAUAUUGACGAUUCGGUCUUCGUCAACACUAAAGAUGGCAACCAUACGUUCGCUCAACCAGAAACAUCAAGCGCGCGGAACGGCGUCAUCGAGAGAUUGACUCUCGACAAAAUCGACAACGACGACGAUGACGACGACGAAGAGGCCGAGCACAAUAACGAAGUGGAAGAUGUCGCGGAAAGCCGGAGGAUACCGGUGACAUACGGGAACAGCGACGACGAAGACUUGGCCGGCUCGGGCGACAUCGAAGGCAGCGCGAUCGAAGUAGAAUCACAUAUCAAUACGGAGGACUAUCGCAAUACCGCCGGUCCAGCGAGAUUCUAUCGCGUCACCCUGACGGUCAUCGAGCCCUACAGGCGGGAGUAUUCCGACAGGAACAGCCCCGUGUACCGAGAGCUGAGCAGCAAUCUCACGAAGGCUAUUGAGAACUUGUACAAUCAUCAUAUUCCGAAUUACAAUUACUUCGCGAACGUCGUCAAGAUAUCACCAACGUCCGACGCUUUCACGUCCCAGGUCACCCUCGACAUCGGCUCGACGUUCACGGACGAGCACCGUGUGCGCGACGUCCUCGAACAACAGCUGCAAUACCAUUCCUUGGGCAGCAUCCAAGUGAAUCCCGAAGGAUUCACCUUCAGGAUAUUCCAAGCCGGUGAAAAAGACACGCAGCCAGAAUGCGACCAAUCGGCCGAAUUGAUGUGCAAGAGCGGUGCAUGCGUGCCGUUAGAAUCGCGCUGCGACGGCGUGCCGCAAUGUGACGACGGUUCGGACGAGGACAACUGCCCGAAGGAUCAGAUCACAGGCGACGAUACGACCUCGGACCUGCCGACGGAGACCCCGGACUACGACAAGGAGGAGGAGGAGGAGGAGGAAGAACACGAGGAGGAGUCGACACUGAGGCCGUCUUCCGACAAGUGUCGCGCCGACGACACGGUGCGCUGCACCGACGGCAGCCGUUAUAUCUGCUCGGUACAGGAGUGCGACGGUAUUCCGAAUUGCGAUGACGGCGGCGACGAGGUCAACUGCCCGCACCCAGGCUGCGGCGCCGGCGAGUUCCCGUGCGACGUUAACAGAUGCAUAUUGGAGCAGCAACGAUGCAACUUCAUCGUGGACUGUCAAGACGGCAGCGACGAGCAUGACUGCCACUAUCCAUCUUGCUUGUCGACGGAGUUCAUGUGCAGAAACGGGCAAUGCAUCGACAGGAACAAAUAUUGCAACGGCGUGGAGGAUUGCUAUGACAAUAGCGAUGAGCAUAACUGUCAGUGCAGGGAUGACCAAUUCGAAUGCACGGCUGGUUUUUGCGUGCCUUUAUCACGACGAUGUGACGGAGUCACGGACUGUAUCGGUGGAAGGGACGAACAAAAUUGUCUGAACAUGACACGAUGCCGGCCGGACGAGUUCGAGUGCGACAACGGCUCGUGCGUCAGCCAGAACGCAAGAUGCGACGGACGAAACGAUUGUUACGAUCAUUCCGACGAGUACAAUUGCAGCGUGACCACCUGUAGCGGGGAUCAGUACCGGUGUAUGGACGGUACCUGCCUGAGUAUUGACAAACGCUGCAACGGACUCCCCGACUGCCGCAGCGGCGAAGACGAGAUCCAGUGCGGUUGCGGAGAGGCCGAGUUUCGCUGCACGGACGGCCGCUGCAUCGGCUACGAGUUGCAGUGCAACGGGGUGAACGAGUGCUCCGAUGGCUCUGAUGAGAGGGACUGCGGUUUGGCCCCGUGCCCUUCUAUGGACUUCACCUGCGGCGAUGGUUCCUGCAUACCGAAGAGCUCGGUCUGCGAUGGAUUCGACGACUGCCCCAGGGCAGAAGACGAGCUUCAUUGCGAACGGGAAUGCACGCCUAACCAGUUCAAAUGCGCCACCGGGAACAAAUGCAUCGAGGACGCCUACAGGUGCGACGGCCAUCCGGAUUGUCCAGAUCGCAGCGACGAGGAUUGCGUCCCAUCCGCUAACGACACCAGUACACACAUCACAUCGCCUGCCACCAACCCGUCGGAUCCACGCUGGCAGCCGGAACGCAGGAGAGAAUGCGACCCCAGGAAGGAAAUGCGUUGCGAUGACGGCGGUUGCGUUCUCUUGCGCCGUAGGUGCGACAGUGUCUUCGACUGCCUAGAUGGCAGCGACGAACGGGGUUGCGGUGGGAUAUGCACACCUGCCGAAUGGAAGUGCACCAGUGGCGAAUGCUUGCCGGAAAACAAUAGAUGCGACGGGUUAGCGCAGUGUGCCGAUGGCUCCGAUGAGGAUCAAUGCGCCACCGAUUGUCCGGCUGGAUGGUUCCGAUGCAACGACGGAUUGUGCCUCGACAAUAAGAGACGUUGCGAUGGCCGACCGCAUUGCUUUGACGGCUCCGACGAGAUCAAUUGCCCUCAUAACGAAUGCCCCGAGGGUCAACUGCCCUGCGACAACGGUGUCUGUAUCAGUAAGAACUUCUUCUGUGACCACAAUGUCGAUUGCCACGACGCUAGUGACGAGCGAAAUUGCCCGAAUAUCAACGAGAGCGGCGGCACGGAUAAGCAAUGUCCCCACGACAGUUUCACCUGCAACGACGGAAGCUGCAUAUCUCAGGCGGCGGUGUGCGACGGCCAUGCGGACUGUCCACACGACGAGGACGAGACCAACUGUCAUCGGGGAUGCACGCGGGAUCAGUUCCAAUGCGACAACGGAGACUGCAUCAACGCCGAUCAGAGGUGCAACGGAUACAUCGAAUGCGCCGACGGCUCCGAUGAACCCGAAGAAUGCGAACCACCGACAUCAGGUCACUGUGCGGCGGGUCAGUUCAUGUGCGUCUCUGAAAGAAGAUGCGUGCCGUACUCUUCCGUUUGCAACGGAAUUCCCGAGUGCAGAGACGGCUCCGACGAGGAGCACUGCGAUCAUUGGCUGGGCUGCACGGCCGAAGAAUGGAGGUGCAAGAGCGGCGAUUGCGUGCUCCGCCAUCAGCGUUGCGAUCGCCGGAUCGAUUGCCCGUACGACGAUAGCGAUGAAUUGGAGUGCGAUUAUCGACCCUCGCAAGGAAAUCACAGCCGGUGCCGGUCGCACGAAUGGCGGUGCAACGACGGCCACUGCAUACCGAUGCAUCAGCGUUGCGACAAAAAGCUCAACUGUCCCCGAGACAUGUCCGACGAGAUCGGUUGCAGUUACGAGAAUCAUACGAUCAACGAGGCGUCCGAGCUCAGGUUAAAGACGUACCCCAGUGAACAAGUGAUCAAAGAAAAUCCGGCGAAGCAAGGUCGCGAGGUCGUGUUUCAAUGCCGUGACGAGGGUCUCCUACGUGCCAGAGUACGUUGGGUCCGCGCGAAUGGUCUCCCUCUGCCACCCGGUAGCCGGGACAUCAACGGCCGCCUGGAGAUACCCAACAUCCAGCUCGACCACGCCGGGACCUACAUUUGCGAGGCCGUCGGCUACUCGCCGUCCACCCCGGGCAGUCAAAUCAGCGUCACCCUCGAAGUCGAGAAAUUUGAGCUACCGGCGACCAGACCUCCGCAAGCGUGCCAAUAUGACGAGUCCACCUGCAGCAACGGCGACUGCAUUCCCAAAUCGUACGUGUGCGACGGCAAGUUCGACUGCACCGACGGAUCCGACGAGAUGCGAUGCAGUCCGCACGGAUGCGAGCCCAACGAGUUCCGUUGCAGUAAUAAGCAGUGCGUCAGUAAGUUGUGGCGGUGCGACGGCGACAAGGACUGCGCCGACGGCAGCGACGAGGAGAGCUGCGCGCCGUCUCCUCCGGGAUCCGCCUGCCGUUACAACGAGUUCGCCUGCAGCAGCAACAAGCAGUGCAUCCCGAAGAGCUAUCACUGCGACAUGGAGCGGGACUGCUUGGACGGCAGCGACGAACUUGGUUGCUCUCCCGUCUACAUCGUGAAACCACCCCCGCCGAUGGUCGUUCUGGAGCCGGGCGACAUGUUGAUUCUGACUUGCACGGCGAUCGGCGUGCCGAUCCCCGAGAUCAACUGGCGGCUGAACUGGGGACACAUCCCGUCCAAGUGCACGACCACGUCGGUGAACGGGACCGGCACGUUGACGUGUCCGGACAUCCAGCCGGAGAACCAGGGCGCGUACUCGUGCGAGGCCUUGAACGUGGGCGGCUUCGUCUUCGCCGUCCCGGACGCGAUCGUCGUGGUGAAGGAGCCGGGCAACAUCUGUCCGAAGGGCAAGUUCAACUCCGAGGCGAAGAGCCCGGAGGAGUGCAUCUCGUGCUUCUGCUUCGGCGUCGCCGUCGAGUGUCGCAGCGCCGAUCUCUUCACCUAUCACAUCCCGCCGCCGUUCGACCGUCACAAAAUCGUGUCGGUCGAGACGACGCCGGCGAUCAAGAUCCACGGCGACAUCGGCAAUCAGAUCUCGCAGAUCCGGCCGCUCGGCCGGGACGGCGUGCAGCUGCUCGAGUCGUUCAGCAACGACCUAAACGUCUACAACACCCCGUACUUCGCGCUGCCGGAGAACUAUCACGGUAGCCAGCUGAAGUCCUACGGCGGUUAUCUCAAGUACACGAUCCGUCACAGCGGCAAUGGCACGCCGAACGGUGCGCCCAACGUCAUACUCAGCGGCAACAACUACAUUCUGGUGCACAAGGGCAGAGAGCCCGCGCCGGAUCUCGAGACCGAGGAGUCCGUCAGGUUCUUCUACGGCGAGUGGUACAGGCAGGAAGGGAGAAGCGAGACCGUGGCCUCCCGGGAAGAGAUCAUGAUGGCUUUGGCGAACGUGGACAACAUCCUCAUCAAGGUAAAGUACGACGACUCUCCGCAGCUGGACGUGCGUCUCACCAACAUCAUCAUGGAUACCGCCGAUGUGCGGAACACCGGCCUCGGUUCCGCGUCCUACGUGGAGGAGUGCCAGUGUCCCAGUGGCUACACCGGUCUGUCGUGCGAGCAUUGCGCACCUGGAUACCUGAGGCGCGAAAACGGACCAUGGCUCGGCCAGUGUUACAGGGACGAGCCACCGUGUCCUCCGGGAUACUACGGUGAUCCUUCGAGGAACAUCCCGUGUCAGAUUUGCCCUUGUCCGCUCACCAACCCGUCGAAUCAAUUCGCCCGCACGUGUCAUCUCGGGUCCGACGGACAGCCCACGUGCGACUGUCCCGCUGGUUACGUCGGGCGCAGGUGCGAGCAGUGUGCCUCCGGUUACCAAGGGAAUCCCCUGAUUCCCGGUGACAUGUGCGUCCCGGUACAGCAAUGCGAUCCUCACGGCAGCCUCAGUCCCAACACUGAUCCGCACACUGGCAAGUGCCACUGCAAGGAAUACGCUACGGGUCUGACUUGCAACCAAUGUAAGGCGAAUACCUUUAAUCUGGCCUCGGCAAAUCAAUUUGGAUGUAUAGCUUGCUUCUGCAUGGGCAUCACCAACAGAUGCAUCUCGUCUAACUGGUACAGGAACGAGAUUCGCGUAUCGUUCACCAACUCGAUCCGAGAUUUCUCUCUGAUCGAUUCGAGGAGCACCGACGCGCCGGCGAUCGUCGAAGGUAUUCGUUUGGACACCAUCAACCGGGAAAUCAUUUACAGCGAUUUCCCCAAUCGUGGCAAUAACGACGUCUACUACUGGCAAUUGCCCAGCAUUUUCCUGGGCGAUCAAAUUACGUCUUACGGCGGCAAUCUCAAGUACAGCGUCAGAUACGUCCCCUCUCCAGGCGGUCAAAGUUCACGGAACAACGCCGCGGACGUCGAGCUCAUCAGCGCUAACGACAUCAACCUACUGUACUACUCUCGCGAGUCGCCGGAGCCGGACUUCCAUCAAUCGUUCACCGUGCCGUUGCUCGAACAAUAUUGGCAACGCAAUGACGGCACCCAGGCGGACAGGGAGCAUCUUCUAAUGGCCUUGGCGGACGUACGGACCAUCAGAAUCAAAGCCACUUACACGACGCACACCAACGAAGCCGCACUUUCCUUCGUGUCUUUGGAUACUGCGGAGAAAUACAACACGGGCAAAGAGCGCGCGGUCGAAGUCGAAGAAUGUACUUGUCCUGUCGGCUAUAGAGGACUUUCAUGCGAGUAUUGUGACGUUGGUUACACGCGAGCCUUCGAGGGCCUCUAUUUAGGUAUUUGCGAGCCGUGCAACUGCAACGGUCAUUCGAACCAAUGUGAUCCUGAGACUGGCAUUUGCGAGAAUUGCGCGCAUCAUACCACCGGCGACUCUUGCGAGGUAUGUGAGCCAGGAUACGAAGGAGACGCCACUCGAGGCACCCCGAGUGAUUGUACGAGCGAGACACGCGAGCCGGGAUGCAGAUGCAACGAAGCCGGCUCGCGCAGUGCGUCGUGCGUCGAAGGCCGAUGCGAGUGCAAAAGGAACGUCGAGGGCCCGGAAUGCAAUCGGUGCCGCCCGUCGACAUACGGAUUACGUGCUGAGAACAUUGAUGGAUGCAUCGAGUGUUACUGCAGCGGGGUAACUGAUCAAUGUCACGAGAGCACGCUGUAUAUACAGCAAAUACCGAUGUGGGUGUACGACUCGCAUCACGGCUUCACUCUCACAGACUCAACCCGACACGAUGUGAUCGCGGAUGGCUUCGAAUUGAACGUGGCGAUGAACGAGAUCGGCUACCGUUAUCCGGACAGCAGAAGCCGAAGGCUGUUCUGGUCACUGCCGAGCGUUUUCACGGGCAACAAAGUGAAGAGUUACGGCGGAAACCUCACUCUGACGCAACACAUCACCGCAUACCCUGAAGCUAAGAGCUAUAAGGACCAAGACAUUCUGCUGAUCGGCAAUGGUGUCACCUUGUUCUGGACGAAUCCGACAGAGAUCCAACCUGAUAUUUCGAUGACCUACACUGUCCCGCUGAGAGAGAACGAAUGGAGGCGCUUGACGACCGAAGGGCCGCGCAGUGCUUCGCGAACGGAUCUCAUGAUCGUGCUGUCUAACUUGGAGGCUAUCUUAGUGCGCGCGUCUCACAGCGAGCGAAUGACUGCCACGUACAUCAGUGACAUCAGCAUGGAUACGGCUGUGGACAACCUCACCGGGAACCGACGGGCGACCCAAGUCGAAGCCUGCCGUUGCCCGACCGGCUACACAGGAAGCUCCUGCGAGACCUGCGCACGCGGCUACUACAGGGACACCAGCGACCGAAGCGUCAGUUACUUAGGCGCGUGCAAUCCCUGCCCUUGCAACAAAAACGAGGAGAGCUGCGAGAUCAGCAGGUCCGGUCAGGUCAAGUGCCACUGCUUGCCGCAUUACACGGGGCUGUACUGCCAAGACAUCGUCAGAGAAAGGACGACCACCACACCAGGCCCGAUACCGCCGGCGAGGAUCAUAGUUUACGUACAGGAACCGGAAUUCCAGAUCGUCCAAACGGGAAACACCGUCAGAUAUCAUUGCACGGGCAGAUCGCAAGAUAGCGACUCGGUGCGCAUUAGAUGGGAGAAAGAAGGUGGCCAAUUACCGCCCGGAAGAAGCGUGGACGACGCAAACGGACUGUUAGUCAUUAGGGAUAUAAAGGUAACUGACAGCGGCAUAUACGUCUGCCAAGUGAGCGACGGAAUCAACAUCGCGAUCAAGAAAGUCACCCUGACUGUCGGAGGGGUCAAUCCGGUAGCACCCAGAGCUGUGAUAACCCCGCCCUAUCAGGAAGUGCAAGAAGGUAGACCGGUGGAAUUCCGUUGCGAGGCUACCGGCAAUCCACCGCCGCAGUUGGACUGGGUGCGAGUUGACGGAGCCAUGAGCCCGGAGGCGACCUUCUACAACGGCGUUUGGAGUUUACCGGGCGCAUCGAAGAGCGACACGGCCGAGUACAAGUGCAUUGCCAAGAACAACGUUGGCACAGACGAGAAAAGGACCAUUUUAUACGUUAAAGACGACCCUAACAAGCCGCCGUCCCAAGUUCUACCGCCGACCGUAACGCCGCCCGAAUGGUCCGGGACCAGCGGCGACACCGUCAAACUGAUCUGCACGCCGUCUCAGCGCGCGAACAUCACCUGGACGAGAUCCGGCGGACUGCCGUUGCCGGGUUACGCCAGUCAGAGCGACGGGACCUUGUUCAUCAGUAACCCCAGCCCGAGCGAUUCCGGUAUAUAUGUGUGCACGUCGACGGAUGUCCGUGGAACGGAAACGAGCACCACCGCGAAGAUAGUGAUAGUGCCUCGCAGGGAUCCGCCGACGAUCAAAGUGAAGCCCGAACGACAGGUGGUGUCUCAGGGCACGGUGGCCGAAGUGCGAUGCGUCACCAGUGGCGAGCCGGGCGUACACGUGAAAUGGAGCAAAUACAUGGAUACGAUGAGCUCGCGCGUGCAGCAAGUCGGCGACACGCUGAGGAUUGUCAACGCCCAGGUUUCCGAUCGGGGGGUGUACAUCUGCCGAGUCAGCAGCGCCGCGGGCAAUUACGAGGCCAGCGCUAUCAUCGAAGUUGCGCCCCGGGAAGCUCCGGUGCUGGAGCUGUAUCCCCAAGACGUCCAGACCGUCAUUCUCGGCGGUUCCGCCGAUCUCCAGUGUCGCGCGAAGGCCGGUUUCCCUGUGCCCGAGUUACACUGGGCCCGCCAGGAUAGUCGGUCGUUCGCCUCCAACAUCGAACAGCUCCCGGGUGGUCUCCUCCGACUGUCGAACAUUACGACGAACGACGGCGGUGCCUACAUUUGCUCGGCGUCGAACGAGGUCGGCUCGACGUCGGUGAUCGCCCACAUCGAGGUGCAGUCCAUGCCUGUCAUCACCAUCACCCCGGGACACGGCAUCUUACAAGUGAAACGCGGGGGCCGGGUGCUUCUGAUGUGCAGCGCGAGCGGUAACCCGCAGCCCAACGUCGCCUGGAGCAAACACGUGAACGGGAUGACCGUGUACGAUAUGUACAGCAGAACAGCGGCCACGCCGUUGAGCGCCGUGCACGAGAUAGUCUCGGUUUCGCCCAACGACGAAGGCUCGUACACCUGCCAGGCGACAAACCCCGUGGGAAUAGCCGAGGAACGCAUUCAGAUUCGCAUCGAGGAUGACAACGACGUGGACGAGCCGUGUACCGGUGACAGAGGCGACAUUCCGUGUUCUCCCGACGAACGGCAGCCACAUCGACCCAGUCACAGAGACCCUUAUACGGGCCAACAAGGAGUAUUGAUCCCCGAAGAUUACCUGAGAAUCCCGAACGGCGGCAAGGUAGAGAUGCGUUGCCAGGUGUUCGGGCCUGACGGCGACCACAUCUAUUUAGACUGGAAGAGGAGCGAUCAUCGCUUCCUGCCGGAAGGUAGCACCGUGCACAACGGAGUGUUGAGCAUCCCGACCGUCGACAGGACCGCAGCUGGGGAAUACAUAUGCCUGGGCUUGGACCCCACCGGCACCGUGCUCUUCAGAGCGAAGUCUCAUCUUGAAAUUAUAUCCCCGCCGAGGAUCGAACUGAACCCUACGCGUCAAACGGUAGGACCCGGCGAAAACCCGUCUAUCGUUUGCACCGCCACAGGAGAUGAGCCUCUGCAUAUCGAGUGGGAGGCCAUAGGACGAUCACUGCCGUACUCGGUGACGCAUCACAACGGUGUCCUGCAAUUCCACGGCAUCACCUACUCUGACGCUGGCAAAUACGUGUGUAAAGCGACGAACGGAGCGGGAACGGCGGAAGCGGUGGCUGAGGUUUCAGUCAACGAGCAUCCUUACGACGACACGAGGAUUCGCGCCGAACACAGGGACGUGACGACGCACACCGGCAGUUCCGUACGUUUGCGUUGCGACGUGCGGGAACGCGCGACGAUCCAUUGGAGCCGCGAGGGACAAGCGUUGCCGAUCACCGCGCGAAUCGGGGAGGACUAUCUGGAGCUGAUGCACGUGAAACCGGAGGACAGCGGACGAUACGUCUGCCAAGUGCAAACCAGCCGCGGUGUAUCAAGCGACUAUAUUAAUUUCAACGUAUCGCUAGUUAAUUUGCUUGCGGAUUGCAUGCCAGUGUACCGAUCGCAGUGCAGGCACUGGGAAUAUGAAUGCAGAAGCCUACAAUGCAUUCCGAUGGAAUACUUUUGCGACGGCUAUGUUCAGUGCAGCGACGGUACUGACGAACGCUUCUGCCGCAACUUGCGAUACCGCCAAUUUCUUCAGAGACAACGCGCUGCUGCCUUGCCGUUGGUAAGCGUCGAGGUGUCCCAAGACCCGAUCAACAUCGGCGACACGGUCGACAUGCACUGCACGUGCACUGGAACGCGCGACCCGCGCUAUCACUGGUCGAGGCCGAACCACGUGCGCUUGCCGACAAACGCGCAGGCAUACGGCAACGUUCUGAGAUUAACGAACGUGGCCGUCGACGAUAGCGGGCCCUACAGGUGCACCGUCGACACAUCGGAGGGUACAUUCGAGAAGGAUUUGAAUCUAAUCGUCCACGGUGGGCACAACGACGAGCCAGCGAUUGAAACCAAAUUCGCACCGUACGGAUCAAGCCUGGAGAUGGACUGUCGCAUCGAUCUCGACCCGCCGAUACAAUUCCAGUGGAACAAACUCGGCGGACUUCUACCGCGAGACACCCAAACUUUGGACAACAAAUUGAAGCUAACUAAUGUAAAGGCCGAGGACGCCGGGACAUACAUCUGUGUUGCAAAUAAUGGACAUACGACCAUCGAAGUGCCUACGGUGCUGGUGGUGACCGGUGUCGUACCUAAUUUCAGCCAAGCGCCCGAAAGCUACAUCGCUUUACCGCCUCUACCCGACUCAUAUCUCAAGUUCAACAUCGAGAUCUCCUUCAAACCAGAAAGUAGCGAGGGUAUUCUCCUGUACAAUGACGAAUCUGGCAGCGACAACGGCGACUUUAUCGCUUUGUCCUUGAUUAACGGAUAUCCGCUAUUCAAAUUCAAUCUUGGCUCCGGACCAGCGGUCGUUCGUGCGGACAAACCGGUCACCCUGAGCGAGUGGCACACCAUCAAGAUCCAACGCAAUCGAAAGGAGGGAACGAUGUCGGUGGACGGCGAAGGCCCGUACAAAGUGGUAGCGGUGGGCAGGCGUCAAGGUUUGGAUCUGAAAGAGCCCCUUUACGUCGGCGGAGUUCCCAGUUACAACAGAAUCAACAAGGAAAUCGAAAUUAACUCCGGCUUCGUCGGCUGUAUAAGCAGACUGGUCCUCGGUGAGAAGCAAGUCGACCUGAUCGGUGAUCAGACCGACAGCAUAGGGAUCACAAAUUGCGAGACCUGCGCCGAGAAUCCCUGCAACAACGGCGGUGUCUGCCAGGAAGCAUCGACGAAGAACGGUUACACAUGCCUGUGCCGAGCCGGUUUCAGUGGCAAACACUGCGACUUUGUCGGGCAAUCCUGUUAUCCAGGUGCGUGCGGAGAGGGCAAAUGCGUCGACAAGGAAACCGGCUUCGACUGUUACUGCCCAUUGGGCAAAAUAGGAGCGCGAUGUCAGCGUUCGACGAAUGUUUACGAGCCGGCCUUCCAUGACGAGAGAGCUUUCCUCGCGCAUGAUACUCCAAAAGCUCUUAGACGGCUUAAGGUAGCCAUGAGUUUUAACCCCGCGGACACCGAGGACGGAAUCUUGAUGUAUUGUUCUCAAAGUGACGAAGGCCUUGGAGAUUUUGCAGCACUGGUGAUAAAGGACCGACAUAUCGAGUUCCACUUCGACAUCGGCUCUGGAGAGGCGGUGAUAAGAUCCUCUUACACCGUCCAGCCCAGGAUAUGGACGUACGUAACGGUGAACCGGGACUUUAAGGAAGCGAAAUUAUCGGUGAACGGCGAGCCGUUCAUGGAGGGCAAGGCGCCUGGAGCUUCGAGAACUAUGACCCUAAACACUCCCCUCUACAUCGGAGGGGUGGAUCGCAGGAGAAUCGUAGUCAACAAGAAAGUUGGUGUCGAUCGAAACUUCCGCGGAUGCAUAAGCGAGCUUGAAGUUUCGUCGGGCAGUACAGACAUACUGAAGUCGGCGAUCGACUCGGCUAAUAUCGAGGACUGUUCGAUGACACACCCGAAUCAAACGGUCGCACCUACCACCGCGACUACUAUGGCACCCACGCAACCACCAACGACGCCGUACAAUCCGUGCGCGUCGAACCCUUGCGUCCACGGUGUGUGUCAAAGUUCAAACGCGCACGAUUACUCGUGCACCUGCGAGUACGGAUACGUCGGCAGAAGUUGCGAGAACGUGCUGAAACAGUGCGAGCUGCUCGCACCGUGCAGAAACGGCGGCACUUGUACUAAUCUUCACGGAUCUUACAAAUGCGACUGCCGUCUCGGUUACAACGGGCAAAAUUGCGAGAAGCUGGCGGAAAUUACAUACGACAUCGCGUUCAAGGGAGACGGCUGGUUAGAACUGGAUAGAUCUGUGAUGACGCACGAAGAAGAACGCAGCGAGGUGUUAGGCCUCGAAAUUAGCACCAACAUGAGCAAUGGGCUCAUUUUGUGGCACGGCCAAACGCCGAACGAUCUAACACCCGAUGAUUACAUCGCCGUUGCCAUCGUGGACGGAUACGUAGAGUAUCAGUACAACCUGGGCUCCGGACCGGCCGUAAUUCGUGUCACCGCUCAGCGGGUCGACGACGGCGAGCGGCACAGGAUAAUCUUAAAACGUCAAGGUAGCGACGGCAGCAUCGAGCUGAACGGCGAGCACACCGAAAGCGGCGUGAGCGACGGCUUACAGCAAGUGCUGAACACACGAGGUAGCGUUUACCUGGGCGGUGUACCGGAUUACGCGAUGACCUAUGGCAGAUACCACGACGGAUUCUCCGGUUGCAUCUACACCUUGGAGGUGCAAGAUUCGGGUGCUAUCGACAUCGGCGAGAAGGCCAUCCGUGGAAUAAACGUCUCACCCUGCACCAGCGAUCGAACUGACAAACUUCCAACACGCGAUGACCCACGCGGACACUGAAAGGAAGAGAUCCGCAUUGUACAUUCGAGGAACGUACUGCGAAUUUGUAUCACCCUAUCGAGUGGUAACACCCGCUUACAUGCGUAAAUGUCGAAUCUUAAGCCAAAUAUAUCCGUUAAAUUUUUCACACGUAAUUAAUGUGUUUCGCGAAGGAUGUUCUAAGUAUAAAGGAUCAAAAGCAAAUUUAAUAUUAAGCUAAUCAAACGUCGUUCCGGCAUUGCACGACCUAUGAAGGGCGCGGCUUCACGAUUAUGCAAUAAGAAAAUAAUUUGUUUGUCAACGGGACAUCGCGGAAAUCGAAAAAUGCGAGAAGUAUUUAAUCCUUAAUUAAGUAUCCUUCCCCCCCCCCCUCCGAUCGCCCGGUUCAUCAGCAAACGAGAUGAAAAAGUGUGCGUAAAAGAUACGAAAAAGUGAUUGAUGCUUAACGAGAACGUAUGUGAACAGUUUUAUAUACGUAGAUAUACAGAGUCUAUUAUCUCUUGUAACUCACAUAUAUCGAGAUAUUUUAUAAUUAACGUGACUUUUUAUACUGCCUUUUAUUUGCACGGAGACAUAUAUGUUCGAUUCGCAUGUAAUGAGCCAUUGUUUCGGAAACGGUAAAAAGUCCAUGCAUAAUAUAAUAUGUUAAAUUGUCCAAUUCUCACGUUUUCCCACCGCUAAUAAUGGUCACCCUUUACGUUUUACCCUUUCUUUACUCAAGCUUUCGCGACGUCUCACUUUUGCAAAUUAGCCAUGUAUUACGAACAGCUGAUACGACAACUACGGAACGGAACCGCAAUUAACGAUGAAACGUAUAUAGUCUAUAAUUUUUCACUGCCAUAUAAUGAUUUGUUCAUAUUUGUAAUAAGAUGAAACAGGUGUGCCGGCGACGUCCGUACAAGAGGAUAAAUAUUAUUCACUAGCGUAUGAGUGUAAUCAAAAUUCUACCGACAUUUUUAUCUCUCUUAUUACCGAAAAGACAAUAAAAUCUCGUCGCAGCAGAAGCAUUUCAUUGGGGGAAACAACAAGCGACUCUUUCUACGCGAUAUUAGGUGUCCGAUUUUUACAUUUUGAACAAAAAGAGCAUACAUUUAUAUAUUUAAAACAUACAUUUAUAUAUUUAUAAUGUGAAAUAUGUAAGCUGCACGAACGCGUUGAUUUCUACUAAUAUUAAAUAUUAUAGGCCGCCAUGAAGAGGAAAAUUCUCAGAACAAAGAACAUCAAUAAUCAGAUGGAGAAUCUUAUAUACAUAUGUAUGUAUGUGUAUAUAUAAUUGUUAAAACUCUCCAAAUCUAGAUUGCACUCAUACCUUGAUGAAUAUUUAUUAUUUAUCUUAUGCAGGGUAUUCCAGAAUUAUAGAUGAAGACUUGACUGGGUAAUAAAUUACAAACAAAAGACAAAUAAAAACGUCUUAACAAACAUACAGCACAGACCUCUAAGGGAGGUUCUAAAAAUGCCCAAAGAACAUCCCUAUGCCCUGAAGACAUUCAUCGAGUAAUAUUCUCUAUGGGAUAAGUUUAGAAAUUAGUCGUUUUUAAUAUAUUUAACUUUUUAUUUUAUAAACUAUAAGUUGUUUCGGAUAGUUAUUUUUUAAUUUUUAGGUGUUGUUUUUCUUUUUGUAAAAUUUCAUAGAUCAAAUUAGACUGAUUUAAGGCUCCUAGACUCUCUAGCUUUGGCUGUCCGAUGAUGUCAGAAGCGACAAAUCGCACGCCAAAAUAUAUUACGAUAUAUGUUACGGAAUUUAAGUUCAAAGACAUUUCCAAUAUAACGAGCUCUUUCAUUCGCGAUGGAAUUGCGCGUGUUACAUCAUCUAUACAUGAAAGGUGUACCAGUCGUAUCCCGAAUAAUCUGAUUACCCACUUAAGUCGUUAUCUAUAAUUUUAAAACCCUAAAAAAAAUUCUAAUACCCCGUAUGCAUAGAUGCUUAUAUGCGAUUUUUAAUAGACAGAUAAUCAAGGAUCGAUAAAUAAGUAAUAAGUAAUAAAUGAAUAAUCGAUCAUAGCAACAACAUCGAACGAUCGUAUGUAUUUUUCGUUCGAGUGUGUCGAGAAGAACGAUGAAAGUUGCGUAUAAAAAAAAAAUUGCGAUACGUAAAAAGAAUUGGUGCUAGUGAAAAAUAGAUCACCACUUAUGUGAAAUUUAUAUUAAAUAUGAUAUGAGAAACGCGCGCGCGCGCGCAUAUGUAUAUACACUAAGUGAGCAGUAAUUUGCGUUCUUUAAUAUUCUCUACAUUGGUGAUUUCAUGAAAGUAAAACAUACAAUUUGAAAGUAACAGGAUCACAUGAGUACACCUCGGAUCACUGUCCAGGAUAAAACAAUGGAAAUACGAUAAUUCAUAUUAUAGUAUAUACAAAAAUAAAUCAUUCAAAUGUAUUUCCACGUGACGAGCGAUAAAUGUGAUUUGUAUCUCUUUAAACCUGCGAAUUAUUAUCUGGCAUACGGAUAAAAUGCUUUUAUUUCGAUAUAGUAUAUCAUAUGAUUGAUUCUCAAUUGAAUAUAUUUCUUUUUCUUUACGUAACUUUAUGUGGCCAUUUUAUAGUUUUUUGACAAUAAAGUAGAAGGAAUAUAUCCUCAAUAUAUAAAUAUGAGAUACAUAAUAUGUAAAAAAAAAGCCUGCCUUGAAUGCACAUUGACAUCAGACCGUGUCUCUCCUACUCUUUUUUAUACAUCCUUUUAUCGGCAGGUGCCGUCUAACGCG